AUGAAAUCCCGCAUUAAGGAACUGGAGCUGGUAGUCGACAAUCAGAAUAAGAUAAUUCGUGAUAAAGAAGAAGCAGAAGAUGCAUUCAAACAGAGAGAUACCUUUGCCGAGAACAUUGAAAUGAUACGUUUAAAAAGACAACUUGCAGAGAAGGAGAAGGAAAUUGAACACUUGACGACUCAGGUGGCCUCAACACGGGAGCAGCUGAAUUUGGUGGACCUAGAGAAACACACCCUUCCCUCUCAACCUUGCCAUGUCUAUCGCUCUCUCAUCUAUCCGUCCAUUCGAGUAUCAAACCUUCAAGAUCUAUCCAUCACAAACCCAUCCAUCUCGGGUACACAAACACAUAUUCAUGCACAGUCCAGUCCCUUUUUGAUCCUCAUCCAUCCUCUUAAAAGCUCUUUGGCAAGAGGAUCCGACCUCCAAACGGUAGAUUUAUUGCUAGAAAAACUGCAGCAUCUGGAGCGCAAGAUGUCCGCAUCGCGUGGUGAUCGGGAGAAGCAGUACGAAGAGAUGCGUCGUAUCCACAGCUCCCUGCAGACGCGAGCACAGAGUGCAGAGACGCGAAUCGAAGCACUCUCCCGACGUCUGGAGGACAGUCAGCCUUCUCGGAAUUUGCAGGAGCUGUGUGAGUCAGUCGGCCUGAGUGUAAAGGACUUGGAAGCUGCACUUAUUCGGAUGAGUAGACGAAGGGAAUACCCCGCUGGAGACACUGAUGCGGAUGUACUUCCAUGGACUUCAAAAACACCUCAGAAUGAGGCGACAAAGGGUGCGCACGCGGAGGCAGUAGGGGGGUUGGCCCGAGCGCGACUACCCAUUACGCAGUACCGAGUGCCAGAGGAGUAUCGGAGGGCAGUGGUGAACGCCACGACCCAGUUCGACCUAACCCAAUUCGGGAAGUACACGCCACUUCUAGAACCGGGGAGUGGUCGGGCCAAGGGACUGGGCUUACAGAGAGCCUUGCCUACAGCGAUCAACUUGGGUGAAAUUGACUUGACUCCAGACCAAUUGGAAGCAUGUCCCAACGGGGUCUUUUGCGUGUGGCGUUUUUACGACUUCGAAGUACAAUCAACCGGCACUGUCCGCGGCAGACGCUCCAACUUCAACCUCACCGUCCAGUAUCCUGUCAUCACGGAUGAGGCAUUUUGGACUUACCUUCAUGAGGAAACAUUGCUCAAGAAUAUUGAUAAACACUGUAGCAUAGAACUUCACAAGGUCUUGCCGGACUUGUCAUCACAACAGAUUGGCGAGUUUGAGUUGGGUCUGCAGUAUCUGCUUCGACCGGAAUCAUACGCAUCGACUAACACAGACGGCACAGCACAGCAUUCAGUUCGAGUGAGCCGAGUGGGCCGAUUUCGCGCCACAAAGCAGCAUCGAGACGUUGAGGAGGGAGAACAGCAGCACCAACAACGUAUCGUCGGACAGGUCGUCUACUGGGUGGGAUUCCGUGCCCCCAUUGACCGCUUCCUUCGAGACUAUCUCGAGCAACACCAGAAGAAAGGCAGACUGAGAGAUUUCGACGAAGCCUCUAAUAGGUCACAUCAAAGGGGAAAGAGACAACUGUCGAUAGGACUGAGUGUAGAGGAAUUCGCACCUCAGGUGGAUUUUUGUUUUGCCUACACCUUCUGGAGAUGCCCAGAGUACGUGUCCAGGAUUUACGAGCCACCGGCAACUGAUAUCAGACUGAUCACUCUCAGGGACUCUCCUCAGCUGGACAGACACCUGCGAUCGUCCAGCCUGAAAGUGCUCUUAAUUGAGGCGAAGGAAGGAUCGUAUCUCGGAAUGGCUGAAGUACCCCUUUGUGAAUUGGCGGAAAGUGGUGGAUCAGUCAAUGGGACGUUUGAAGUUCAUCAACAACCUCCAAGGCAGCCUAAAAUCCCACCUAUCAGCGUUAAGAUGGAGUGGAAAUCCGUGACUACUGCAGAUGAGAGGUUGGAUAAUCCUGGCUACUCUUCGGAGCUCGGAUGUCACCCAAUCAAAGUUCCCAAUGAUCGUCUGGAGAAGUGCGACAGGCAACCGCGAGGCGUCAUUCGCGCCAAUGUGCAGUGUGUGCAACUACUCGGAAAAAUUAACACGAUUCCAGAGUUUGUCAGCAAGGAUGACCUGCAAGAAGAAAUUACCGUCCGAUUUGCCGCUGAACCCCCUUUCCUUACAUCGUCAAAGUAA